UGGCUCCAGUGCUGUCGAUUUUUUUUCGCUGACAGCCCCGGAGCAUCCUGCGCACCUCUUUGUUCUGCUCUGCUUCUUUUUGUGCUGUUCAUCCUGCUAUAGGCCAUUUUCCUUCUAUUCUGUUAAGCCGCGCAAUACGUAUUUCUCCAGGCUGUCUGCUUGCAACCAAGACAUUCACGCUACUUGCAAUGGGUUCGACUACUGCUGAAAAUGCCUUGGCCAUGACAACGCCGCGAAGAAAGAGCACAGCGACACAAGGGAAGGGCCAGUCACUAUCGUCGCCGAUAGUGCAGGCCGAUGAACUAUGCCUGAACCCGCGGUGGUCGCCUCAUUUAAAGUCGCCACGGUCAAAUUCCAUAAUUUCCUCGCGACUCAGACUGCAGAAUUCGCCUGUGAAGAGCGGUAGCAGCAACAUCAUGGUUGCAUCGCUGCCGUCAUCAGAGGCCAGCAGUGCUGGUACACUCACCAGCCCGUUAAGUAAGCGGGCCCGUAUUAUACAGAGCAGCAGUUCAGAGACGCUACCGCCGCUAAGCCCAGUGGUCAGCAAUAGGAAGCGUGCAUUCCGCAGCGACCUGACGCAGGACACACCAUUCCCAUUCUCACCCACAUCCUCUGGCUUGCGCAUAAAUUACCCACCCUCGUCGCCACUCUCUCCGACUGAGUCUCGAAAACCAGUCGGCGACAGGGGUGAACUGGAGUCACCAACAUUGUCGCGCAUGCGGACAAAGGGCGCAUCGCUGGCGCUGGAUGAAAAGCUAGAGCUCAACUCGGACGAUGAUGAGAGCCCAACCAUGUCGCAGGUGAGCCAGUCGCUGCUGUUUCACCUGGACCUUGAUUCUCCAACGCCACGGCGACCGCUGCAGCAAGGCGAAGGUGAUAGUGGUGCGUUGUCACCUUUGCCGCAAGGCGAGGCGGGUAAGAAAGCAGCGCCAGUUACAACCCCACAGCUAUGCAGCUCCCUCAGCCAAGUUUCUGCUGAUGAAGCCAGCGACACAGGUGUCACACCAGCGCGCCGUGGAAGCAGCUCAUUGAGUGACCUCCCUGCAACAUCCAAAAUUGAGCACAACAAGCAGAUGCUAGUGGCCCGUAAGCAAAAGAGCACGAUCCCCCAGCUGCAUGUAUCACCUCUGAAUCCGCGGGUCGACGGCGAUAUCGAGCAUGCACUAAAGCUGCAGCUGCAACAGGCACAGCCCUAUUUUGCCAGCUGCUUUGGAGCACGAGAAACCGACUUUGUAAAGGUCACCGAGACAUGCGGGUUACCCCAGUUUGCCAAUCGGGCGCUAUUUCGGUAUGUGACCAGACAGUGCCCCGAUCAGUCAGCAUCGCCCACGUCUGGCAGCAGAGUCACUGGAAAGCGUAUACGCCCGGCAGACCGCGGUACAUGGCCGUCGUUUGCGCACUUCAGUGAUGUGUGGACCCGGCUGAGGCGCACAAGCGCAGAUGUACACGCAAUGCUGUUCAAUAUUCUGGUCGAGGAUGCGACAGCUCCACGUGCAUCCUUGAGCCGUGAUGACAUCAGGCCCCUGGUCACCGACGUCUUGGAUCACCACCCUGAGCUCGAAUUCCUUGAAGGUGAGGGUCUGUUCUCGCAGAGAUAUACGGAGACCGUGGUUGAGCGGAUAUUUUAUGUGGCCAAUCGGUCGUGGGACGGCAAAAUCACACUGCCACAGUUCCGCAAGGCCGAUGUGGUUGGGAUGCUGCGCGGUGUCGAGGACGGAAUCGAUGUGGGGGUUGACUCGCCAGGCGUUUUCUCGUACAAGCACUUUUACGUACUAUACUGCAGCUUCUUUGAGCUCGACUCGAACCGCGACCAGCUGCUGGAUGCGCGGGAUUUGCUGUGCUAUUUCACAGGAACGCUCUCGCGGCGCAUAAUUUCCCGUAUCAUGAUGGGCAAGGGCAAGCCGUUUGAGUACAAGUCUAGUCGCAGGGAAUCUGCGCGGGCAGCUAAGGCACGCCAGGAGAAGCGCCUGUCCAAAGGUCCGCUGCGGUACGAUCUUAACGUACGGCUGUCAGACUGCCGGAUGGCAUUCAAAGACUUUAUCUGGUUCCUGUUGUCGGAGAUUGACAAGACCACGCCGGCAGCGCUCGAAUACUGGUUCCGGUGCCUGGAUCUAGACGGCGAUGGGGUUUUGACGGCGUAUGAGCUCGAGUAUUUCUACGACGAACAGGUUUGCCGCAUGGAGGAGGAGAUGGCAGGUGACCUGAUAAUGCUGGAUGACUUGGUAUGCCAGCUCUCGGAUAUGGUCAGGCCUGAGCGCGAGGGCAUGUUCACGCUCAAAGAUUUGCGCAAGGUCCCGCCGACCCAGAUCCCGGUUUUCAUUGAUGCGUUCACCAAUUUGACGAGAUUCCUGGAGCACGAAAGCCGCACAUCCUUUCUGCAGCGCCAGCUUGCCCAGAUCUCAGCACGCGCUCUACCAGCGUCGUCGUUUGACGACGUCAUUCGUAUGCGUAUCGACUUUUUGGCGAGCAUGCCGAAUCCCUGGAUCGAGUUUGCAGAUAUGGAGUAUGCUGCGCUGCUCAAGGACCAGCAAGAGCAAGAGAACGGAGCUUCCAAUGCUGGUAAUGAGUCCGACCACCCUAUGUAACAAAAGUGAACCAGCAACAGCAUCUCGGUUCUGUUUUUAUCAAGAGUAUAUUUUAAUCAUCUUUACCAC